AAUCAGAUGCCAAUACUGAGAUGUUGGCCCCGCCUCCUCUGUAAUCUCCUCCUCCAGAGCAGCCCAGCCGCAGUGUGUGCAGCCUGUUUGUGUCAACUUGACGGGUCGAGAUGGCAAAUGUGUUGAGAAAUUCCGCAAAAUUCGGGUUUUCAGGUGUGUUGUCCCAGUUGUCCAACCACAGUAGACAUGGGAGAGAGUGUGUGUCGCCGUGCUUCUCUCUGCAGCAGAGAAACAGCUCUACCUCACCUAAGAUCAAGGUGGACCUGGACAACAGUACAGGUGUAGCUGUGUUGAGGAUGCAGAGCCCCCCUGUCAACAGUCUGAGUCUGGACUUCCUCACUGAGUUCUGUAUCAAUCUGGAGAAACUAGAGAUGGAUAAGAGUUGUAGAGGUCUGAUCAUCACCUCGACCCUCUCCAAGGUGUUCUCUGCGGGGCUAGACAUCAUGGAGAUGUAUGGGAAAAGUCCGGAGCGCUGUGGAGAGUUCUGGAAGGCUGUUCAGGAGAUGUGGCUCAAACUCUACGGAUCCAACAUGGCCACCAUAGCUGCCAUCAACGGCUCUAGUCCAGCAGGUGGCUGUCUCAUGUCUAUAGGAUGUGACUACAGGAUCAUGGCUGAUAAUCCUCGCUACAGCAUCGGACUCAACGAGACUCAGCUCGGCAUCGUAGCUCCCUUCUGGUUUAAAGACACGCUUGUGAACACGGUUGGUAACCGGGCAGCAGAGCUGUCGUUGGAGCUGGGUCUGUUGUACAGCGCUCCUGAUGCCCUGAAGAUCGGCCUGGUGGACCAGUUAGUUCCUGAGGACCAGGUCCUCUCCACUGCACAGGACACCAUGUCCAAGUGGUUGGCUGUACCAGACCAUGCCAGACAGAUCACCAAGUCCAUGAUGAGGAAACAGACCAUUGACAAGCUGCUGUCCAACAGGGAAGCUGACAUCACCAACUUUGUGAGCUUCAUCACUAAAGACUCCAUCCAGAGGUCCCUCCGCAUGUACCUGGAGAUGCUCAAGAGUAGAAAGGCCUAGUCUGGGGCCCGAACGGCUCCCCCAUUCCCUCUAUAGUGCCCUCAGUCCUAUAGGCCCUGGUCAAAAGUAGUGCCCUCAGUCCUAUAGGUCCUGGUCUAAAGUAGUGCCCUCAGUCCUAUAGACCCUGGUCUAAAGUAGUGCCCUUAGUC